CAAGCAGACAGAAGACACCAGAGACGGGUCCUGUCAAUAACUAACAAAACAAACAAGAAAAGACGAAUAAAACUAUUUUAAAACAGUGAGUAAUUGAUCUUUAAAGUGAGACACGAACAGACUCUGAUGAUGCAGAUGUGCACAGUUUUGGAGAAGAAGGGAGGACGUGUGGUUGGAGCUGAGCUGAGCUGCAGCGUGAAAGAGGAAAAUAAAGCCAAGAAAGAAAGUUACACAGCUGACUGGCAUAGCAUCAACAUGAAGACGCAACCUGAAGAUCGUCAGUCCAUGCUGAUGUUGGACGACUCUCGCAGAGAAACCCUCUCUCGAUACUGGCAGGGCCGUCCUCUCAAUCAGACGUGCCCCUCGGGUGUGCUCCGAGUGGGCAACGUUGAGACAGGUGUCCGGGAGCACCAGGUCUUACCCUACAGGAUCUCCCUGCCGUUGCCCAUUUUCAAGCCUACGGAACUGGGCAUUCGUCUGGGUCGUGGAGCACCCCACACCCUGGAAGAUCUUCCCCCUGCCCGUGUUCCAAAUGGUGCCUGCCUGGACAAAAGACCAGUGGAACAGAUCACCAAAGACCUGCCCCCAGUCAAACCCAUGCGAAUGGAGUUUGCCAAAGCACCAAGAGCCCUGGGCCGAUCCAUGUCCCAGGAAGCCCAGAGAGGGUGAAAGGGCCGAAAAAGGAGGAAGGCAGAAAGUGGAUGAUGAACCAAAGACUGUAUGGACUUUAUUAAAGAAUGAGAGGAACAGACGUGUUAAACUAAGAGAUUGAGCAGGUACUAAGAAUUUAGCAAUAGUCAGCAGGUUCAGCAAAGUGAAGACUCAAAUGAAGGUAAAGAUAAGGCGAUAAAAGCACGAUGGUUUUGGUAAUUAUAUACUGUUAAGAAGGAUUAUGGUUUUGUAUAGUGAAUUUAGGUUGUAAAUAGUAUUUUGUUUUAAUUGUUCAAUGUAUUUUUGGAUUUUUUUGUUGGGAUGCCUUUGCAGGAUAAUCUUCUGCACAUUGGAAUUAUUUAACAAAUAGGAAUUGCACUAUAUUGACUGAUGGUGUUUUGUAAUUUAUUAAUAUUUGUUAUUUGAUUAAUAUUUAAAUAAAAGGUGUUUAAUGCAAAUUCAGUUUUGUG